CUGAAGACCACCUCCAGAAUGAACAGAUUUUAUAUCCAAAGCAAAACUUUGGUAAAAAGUUUUAUCUUUUAUGGGUUGGUGACAUUUCCAGUUAUUUUUGUUCUGUUGUUGAAACUGCAAGUUGUCAGGACAUUUUCUUGAAAUGCCUGUUAUUCUGAAAAGAAUACAUCUUUCAGAUUUCCGGUCAAUGUGUUGACUUUUUGGCUGAAGGGUUUGGUGUCGCAAAAAGUUGGCCAAAACUGAUUGAUCAUAGUUACAAAAUAAAAGGAAAAAGUGUGUCUCCCUAAAAUUGUAUUUGGAUUCAACCCCCUCUCCAUCUGUGCAUUUCCGGAGGCGCCACUACACUUAAGGUUUGAAUCCACCCAGUUUGCAUCUGAAUGGUCAAAAAAAAAAAAAAAAAACUGAGAGAGAGAGAGAGAGAACAUCAGAAUAUGAGCGAUCCAACUGUGAAAUGGACUUAACUCGUUUGUCGCGUCGGACCGCUGCGCCUUAGUGCUGAACUCCAAUGUGGGGGCUCGGAGCGACCCUCCCCUCCCAAAUCACACACACGCACACACCAAGAACACGCAGUCAUUCGCGCGCGAGGAGAGAUAGGAAGGGAGAAACGCGCGUGAGCAUUAAGAAGCAGAGGAAAAGGACAGAGCGCGCGCUGGAGGCGACACCUGUCAGGCAGUUAAAACCCUUUUGGUUUAAUAAAGUAGACCGAGGCGCCCCGAAGACUUCCACGGGAGUGGAAACAGAUUAGUCGCACCUGCAGCUGAUGUUUUUUUUUCGCUGAGGGAGACGCCAAAAGCUCCAGGAGGAGGCAGAGCCAAGAGGAGGAACAGAAGUGAGGAGAUAGCGACGCGCCCCCGCGGAGUUGGAGUGAAGUUGACGCAGAUGUAGCGCGCGCGGAGCGCACGGGAGGAAACGGAACCGGUGCGUAAAAGCUGGACUUCAAGCGCCUUCAUCAGUCGCACCACCCCACUAUAGAACACGAAGUAGGGUGGGAGAUAAGGACAAGCAUCCCCUCGCCUGCAACCGGCUGGUUGAAGCCGCCGACCGGGACAUAGAGGCACUGAAAAGAAGGAGGGGGACCCGCUAACUUGAGAGGAUGAGAUGACGGAGAUCACCCCGAGGGAUGCGAGCAGGAGAGAGGAGGAAAGGAGAUAAAGAGUCUGAUGUUCCCAGCUAUCCUGCUAAACCAAACAGAGCGGGAGGGAAGGACAAAACGCCUCAUUUCUUCCAGCCUGCAGAAGGACUUCACACACAGAUCCUGGAGCAGCUUGGAGUGGACUGCGUACAAAACACCAUCAUCCGCCCUUGCAGCCUCUGAGAAUGAUUUGUGCAAACCGAAAAGGAGCUGAUCAAACAUUUAACAGAGGAGAUUAGGGCUGACACCAAGAGGAGGGAGAAACUCUUGCCUUGAAUCCAACUCAUAAAGGCUGAACUUUUGCCUGAGCAAACCUCCAUUUCUUGAUCAGAUUAUUUUGUUCUCUCAAAGAAGAAAAAAUCAGACUCUCAAUAAGAACACUUUGGUGGAUUUCCUAAACUGUGGAAAAUGUUUGCAUCUUUUCAUUUCUCCCCCGAAAGCCCAUGAAUUAAAACCACUUCCUGGAUAAGUUUUGCAGGGCACUGUACUAUUUUUGCAUGACCCACUGCUUGCAUGAGUAUCCAGGAUUGUUUUUCACUUCCAAGAAGGACUCUGAGCUCUCAACUAUCCUCCAACUGCCUGCCUAACUGUGGCACUUGGGUGUGGAGGCGGGUGUUUCCGAAUUAGGCCUCUGGACACUCACUAAAGAUGACUUAAGUUGGCAGGCCUAAAAGCCCCUUACCCGAGUGAAAAAGAGAGUUUGGCAGCAGCACGCAAAUACUCACACACAACUCACAAAUGUGGAUGCAAGGAGGUUUUGAGCCAUGCUGGUGUCGUUACUUGUAGCGCCCUGGAGAACAGGCUAUCAUCAUCCUUAUCAUCAUUCACCCAAGCUGAGGAAGACACAACGGCCUAAAGGAAAGAGUCUGCACUUCUGAGCAAUUUAGAAAAAAAACAAAAAACAGAAGAACGAGGAAACUGUGAAAACAAAGAUUCAAAACAGCGUUCUCAAUCACACCAACGGGCUCUUCCAGUACAAAUCCCUGAUACAAGAAAGAUAAAGCUCCGGCGGACGAGAAGGGCGCAGACGCUAAGCAGUCAACAUGGCAGCUGAGAGUCUUGCUGAGCUCCGAGAUUGGCUCUUUCUGCUCCUCUUAGUUCUCACCUUAUUGGCUGAGGUGCUGGAGCUGGCGGCAGCAGCAAUCGCCAUGGAAACGGGCGAGGGAGAUGAGGGCAUUGUUUGUCCCUCAGUGUGCCGCUGCGAUGAGGGCUUUGUCUACUGCAAUGAUCGUGGCCUGAGUAUAAUUCCUCCACUACCACUGACGGCUGCCAUCCUCUACCUACAGAGCAACCGGCUGAGUAACGCCGGGCUUCCCCCAUCACUGGAGCGCAGCACAUCCAUACGAGUGAUUUACCUGUAUGCUAACCAGCUGGAUGAGUUCCCCAUACACCUUCCGCCAUCAUUAAGGGAGCUCCACUUGCAGGAUAAUAAUAUACGAACGUUACCGCGGUCAGCUCUGGCAAAGUUACCAUUACUAGAACGUUUACACCUGGAUGAUAACUCUAUAUCUACAGUUAGCAUCCAGGACCGAGCUUUUUCUGGGACUCCACGGCUUCGACUACUGUUUCUGUCUCGGAACCAUUUAUCGAGUAUCCCAGCAGGCUUGCCAGCAUCACUCGAGGAGUUGCGACUAGACGACAACAGAAUUAGCACCAUCCCUACGCAUGCUUUCCGUGGGCUCUCCUCUCUACGUCGACUGGUCCUGGACGGAAACCUGUUAGCUAACACCCGCAUCGCAGAUGACACAUUUUCUCGUCUAUCUAACCUUACUGAAUUGUCUCUUGUCAGAAAUGCUCUACAGUCUCCUCCGGUCAACCUUCCUUCAGCCCACCUUGUGCGUCUCCAUUUACAAGAUAACGGUAUGACUCACAUACCGAGGGGGGCGCUGGAUGGCAUGCGACAUCUACAGAAACUGGAUCUUUCAGGAAAUAAUCUGACCACUCUCCCUCGGGGACUUUUUAGAGAUGCAGAAAGUUUGGAGUUGCUGUUGCUGCGAGGAAAUCCCUGGUACUGCAGCUGCAACCUCCACUGGCUUCAUGCCUGGCUGCAUGGACGGGGCUCAGCAGUGACAGUCCGAGGUCUCACCUGUCAGGGACCUGAUCCUGUCAGGGGUCAGCCAGUCAAAGACAUUACGUCACUGAUGGAGCAGUGUGAAGCCCCCCCAGCUGGUCCAAGUAUUGGGGUUGGAGUGGACCAAUCAGACAAAGGUGUAGAAGGUGAAAACAGUGUUGGAGGGGGACAAGCAUUUCCCCCUGGAAGCACCACCACUGGCUCUUUGUUGGUCCCCACACAGGGCUCCCUCUUCACUCUUCGAGCCAAGCGGCCUGGUCUGGUCAUUCCCUUGCCUCCAGGCGAAGGUGGACAGGUUUCUGGAGAGGCCUUAGAACUGACUGUAAAACCUCUGUCUUCAGACAGUGUGCUUGUGAGCUGGUUGUGUCCGCAGCCAGCACCUUCCUUCCGUCUUUCAUGGCUAAGGUUAGGUAGCAGUGCAGCUCUCGGUUCUAUAACAGAGACUUUAGUUCCUGGAGAGAGAAGGCAGUACCUCCUUACCCAGCUCACCCCACGAUCUCAUUACCUCAUCUGCCUGCUGCCACUACGACAGGACACUUCCUUUGGGGGCUCCAGCACAGGUUUACAUCGAGUCGGCAGUGUGGAUAUCGACAGUAAAGACUCUGCACCAGCCUGUGCUCAGAUAGAGACUGGAGAGGCUCUAGUGAACUCCGGAGGAGAGGGAUCAGAUAAGAAUGGACAAGACUCUGAGUUAACAGCCCUGCCGCUUGCUGGGAUUAUUGGGGGUGCCACUGCAUUAGUAAGCCUGCUCUUCAUUUUUGGCAUCUUCUGCUGGUACGGACAGAGAGCAGGCUACAUGUCUGGGGACUCAGGUUCAUACAGCAGGGGGCGAGGUGGAAAACAUUAUGACGACUAUGUGGAGUCAGGAACCAAGAAAGACAAUUCCAUCUUAGAGAUCAGGGCCCCUUCUGCGGGGUUUCAGAUGACAGCUAUGGCUCAUCAGCCCUUGCAGCCAAAACUGGAGGAUGUUACCUACAUCCACACCAUUUUCCCCUCCUCCUCCUCUUCCUCACAGGCAAAUGGGACCUACAGGAGCAGCCAAGGAGCUGGCAGUCUCAACGGCACCAUUCUCAGCCAAAGCAGCCAUCAUCAUGUCACUUACGGCACCAACCGUGGCUACAGAGAGGGUGGCAUACCUGACAUAGAUUAUGUCUACACAUGAUGACACAGGGACACAUCCCCCAUUGGCUGGUGGCGGUUUUGUCCUUGGUUUCCAAAGUACCCUCUGUGCCUCAGCUGGUUUAAUUCAAAAUGGUUUGCUUAGUAGACAUGACUGAUUUGAGUUCUGAUGAUUGGACAAUGCUGCCGGUUCACAGAACACUCCUGCUACACUACUGCGUAUCACAUAAUACAGUGGGCCCUUCUUUCAAAUCUACUAAUAGCUAUGACAUUUACUGUUUUCUUCUUUGGAUAUCUCGUGUCUUUCAGAUAUCCUGUUCUUCUCAACUCAAUACACCGUAACUUAUCAGAGGUUGACGUACUAGGCUUAGGUGAUUUAGAAGGUGAAAUUUAUAUUAUGGGGAAAAAGAACUUGAUGUGUAUAGAGAUAGCAAUCAUAUCUUCCUACCGACUGUAAGCUCUGUGCUCAAUAGAUAAAAAGGAAUGACAGAAAGAAAUCAAUUGUUAUAAUUCAACAGAUGCCAAUUCAUAAGAGUUAACAUGAAACAGGUGCCCCACCCGCAACUAUUUUUCUGAAAGGUUCCCUCCUUUUUAUUCCUUCUUUCCACCUUUUUUUCUGACUUGAGAUCUUUCCUUUUUAUUUCUCUAGAGUCUUUUGUGUUGCUGAGAGCAGAGGAUGACUUUGUUCUCGCCAAGGGAGCUGACAGCAGUGAUAACAGUUCUGACAGAGACGGGAGACACAACCCACAGCAUGGGGAGACUAAUGAGUGGGAGAGAAAGAGAAAGUGUGGGGGGUUGACGGAUAGAUGGGUGGAUUGAGAGAGAAAACAUAAAAGAAGACGAGUGGGAGACAGAGAGGGGUGCUGUUUUGGGCAUGUAAUCGCUGGGAGAGGUGUGUUUGCUGAAGGCAGAGAGCGAGGGCAGAGAAGAAAGAAAUUCAGAGUUAAGUUAAAAGAGGGAAUGUGACCAAUGCAGUGCCAUGAGGCAAAAGAGACAAGAGGAAAAGAAGAAAACAAGGCUGAUAACUGGAAUAACGUGACAUCCUUGUCUGAAAAAAAGGGUUCUCAGAUUAUCCAAUGAACUCCAUUUUGAGUGAUUAAGGGAAUUGUGCUUUCUCAAGAAAACUAUAAUUCUAAGUCAAUAAAUCUUUCAAUUGCUUUUUUAAUGUGUAAGAUUUUCCAUACACAUGAUUACAAAUCAUUUCAGAGACAAAUCAGGAGACAGAACAAAGACAAUCAAACAACAAACUAAGAAUCAACACCACAAGACAAACAAGUAUCUCAAUAACAGGUUUUCAAUAACAAAACCUUUAGAUUCUAGAAACAUAAGGAAUGCUUUUACAUUGUUCCCUCGCUACAUCGCAGUCUUGUUAUUUUGCUGGAUUUUUUUGUGCAAUUUUGCAUGCUUUUUUUUUGCAUCCUGAUUGGCUGUUGACCUUGUCAAUCAAUCUCCUUUGUGCUGUGUCUCCUGUACACGAUGCGUUCAGCUUCCAACAUUUACACAAAUCUUCUAUCGUGAUCUUUGUUUUCAUUAUAUAGUACUGGACUAAUUUUUCUGCAACAGUUUGAAUUUUGAGAGUUAAAGCAAGAGAGAAAAGUGUAAAAACAUUCAUGUCUGUCUGAGAAAAGUUUGUAAAGUGUGUAUAGAGGGGAUUACAGCCUUUUUAAUCUAUAAUUCAACUGCUCGAGUUUCCCCCUAUUUUUAGAACGUUACUCCUGCGAUAAACGAGGGAACACUGUAUGCUCCUGUUAUCUUCCACAGAAUGGAAUUUAAAAAUACAAAAUGAGCCGCACAUCUCACACCACAUUUAUCAUCAGCAAGCUGGCUGAACUUUCUUGAUUCAAAUUUUGUUUAAAUGUCUUAAAGGAUGUUGGAAAUGUUCUGCUGUAUACAUGCUUUUCUAAAGUUUACAUAUAAAAUCAUAUGUUUCACUUUAUGACAUUUUUUAUUUUAAUGGAUUUUCGGAUAAAAAGAAAAACAAAAGAGAUUUAAAUUUGAAAUGAUCUAGGAUAGUAAAUGUGAUUUAUAAUGUGAUAUUUAUGUAUCAAUAUAUUGAAUGGGUAAAAUAUGUUUACACAUAAAGUUAUUGAUAUGGAGGUGUACUUUUGCAUUAAUCUGUUACCUUAUCACUUAAUGGUUUUCAAUGGAUACGGUUGAUUCCACAACGAAAUGUGAAAUUUUUUACACUAAAAACUUUGUUUUUGCAAAAUAGCUUUUUCUUUGCAUGCUUACUUUUGGGAUUUCUUGAUUACCAAACAGAAAUAUGCGUUUUUUACUUUGAUUAGAUGAAGAUAAAUUAUGUAAAAGUUUAAUAUGAAAACAUUUUUGAUUAAAUAUUAAGGUGUAGUGGCAGAUUUAAUAUAAAAUCUAUUUCAAGAAAUGAAAAAGUGAAAUUAUUACUACUAAUUUGAGAUUGCUAGUAGCCAUUUGCACGCAAAAACAUAUUUCUCAAUUAAAACAGCAUAAAUCAAAGCAAGAAUUUCUGAAAAUUGCCAAUUUAAUCCCACUAACAACAGUCUCGGCUGUGAGUCACAUUUGUUGAAUCAGGUCUUCCUGUUUUCCAGCCUUAGCUUUAGCGUAGAGGCCGUUGUUUGACCAGGAAUCGCAGCCCGACCGCCUCACUGUGCAUUUUAACGCUAACAGGUUAGCCUGUUCUCUGACUGCCUCUCACUAACCACACUUAUAAAGAGUAAUGGAGGUGGAACUUUAAUGAGACAUUUUUUAGAAAACAGCCAGAGCUUAACAGAGGAAGAGAAGAUGUUAGGAAAGUAUAGUGAGGGGGUAGCAGAGAGAUUUAGAUAGAGCCUUUUAAGUGCUGAAACUUCUUCUUUUGAAGUAGCUCUUUUUCUCUUUUUUCCUGUCUGUAUUGCUAUGUACCAGGUAAAUUAAAGGAGCUUUAGUGUUUUUUUCUCUCAUGUCUGUAUUUAUUUUGAGGGUUUAUUUGUGUUUAAGUUUGUUUUUUUUUUUUAAGAGGAGUGCAGCUACUGUUCAUUUGGUGUAGAAAUCCUUUUCCUUUCAAAAGUUUCACCCUCAGAUGUGAAAACACUUAUGUAUAAACAUAAAGAUGGGUGCAAAAUACUGUUCCAUUUAUUGGUCUGUCUUUUUUUCUACGGAGAUGAAUAAAGACUUCUGAAACAAACAAA